AUGACUAACGCCUAUCUGACACUCUCUAGCCUGGGAUCAUGGACAUACCCUAUCCUACAAUAUCUCCUCAACGGAACACUGCCAGAAGACCCCAAGGAGGAAAAACGGACAAAAAGGGAAGCCGCCAAUUACACAGUCAUCGCAGGACAACUAUACAAACGCGGAUUCUCGCAACCCUUGCUCAAAUGCGUCGAACCCGGGAACACGAAGUACAUACUCUGCGAAGUCCAUGAAGGCUGUUGCGGCCACCACAUCGAGGGUAAAACCCUGGCCCAAAAAGUCAUCCGGGCCGGAUACUUCUGGCCCACGGUUAUCUGGGACUCCAUGUAG